AUGAUCCGAUAUUUAUGUUCCUCGUGUGGACUGAGAAAGUUUGUUUGCAGUUCUCAACGUUUGCUGUUGAUUAAAAGCUCCAGAUUUCGAAUAGUUCCAAUCGAGCUGUAUCCAUACCGUUGGCCCAGAAAUUGUUUUACACGUGACUUUAGUACUUGUAAUGUUGAUGUUGAAUCUUCGAAGAAAAUAGCUGGUAAACUUGGCAUAGAAGAUGAACUCUUUAUUGAUUCACUGAAGAACUGUCCAGAUUUGCUCCAUGUUUCAUCAAAUAAAUGGGAAAGCUGUUUUCGUGAACUAAUGAAUAAUGGAUUAUCUGCUGAAGAGUCGUUAUAUGUAAUAACCAAGUAUCCACCUUUGUUGCUAACUAAUGUUAAAGACUUUUCAUCUGGUUUCAAGUAUUGGAGAGGUGUAGAAUUAGGUGAGAAGAAUGUUUUAUCAUUGUUGAAAACUUGCCCCCAGUUUCUCCUUGUGCGUGGACAACAAAUAUCACUUAGAGUUGCACACCUGAAAACAGUAGGCUCUGAUAAAGCUGUUGUGAAAUUAUUGAAAAAUGCUCCACGUUUAAUGUUUGACAACUGGAAUGAUGUGUUGGCAAAACUGUCUUUUUUAAUAGACGAAAUGAGAAUUGAAAGAAAACAAGUGUUAAAGUCUUAUGCUUUGAAUCGAGACCUUCUGUUCUUGAAGAGCAGGUUUGUUUUCUUGGAGAGGUGUGGUAAAUAUGUGAAACCAAAAUUAGAUCCAGAUCCUAAUAUUCGAAGUAAAAAUCCACCAUUAAAAAGCAUUGUGGAGGAAGAUGAUGAGACAUUUAGCACUCAGAUAGCAGGUGUUACUUUAGAAGAAUACGAAGUAUUUCAAGAAUUGUAUUCUAUGGAAGUAGCAGAAUCUGAAAUGGAUUCGGACUCUGAAUAG